UGUCUGUCUCGCGCCGCUGGGAUUAGCUUUUCCGGGACCAAGCUUUUUGAGCCGCUGAUUGGCUUUCCAGGGAAAGGGGAUGGCGUGAUUGACGGCGCUCAAAAUGGCGGCACCUAUGGUUAUCCCGAAUACAGAAAGAGUUCAAAAAGCUGUGACCUUGAUCAAUGAUCUGGAUACAGGCAGAUUCUCCCGCCUUCUCUCCCGCAUUCUUCAGAAGCUUCACAUAAAGACAGAGAGUACUUUCACAGAAGAAGAAGAAGAAAAACUUCAAGCUGCAUUCUCAAUAGAAAAACAAGACCUUCAUCUUGCACUUGAAACCAUAACGUUCAUUUUGGAACAGGCCAUUUAUCACAAUUUGAAACACACUAUUUUACAACAGCAGCUGCAGCAUUCUAACUUGAAUCAUGAUAAAAUAGAAGUAUUUGUUACCACAUGGGCAGUUGCAGGUCCAGAAUUUGUGGAAAAGUUUAGACAAAGAAUUUUAUCACCACAUAAGCUUGAGACAGUUGGAUGGCAACUUAACCUUCAGAUGGCUCAAUCCAUGCAGGCAAAACAAAAAUCUCCUCAAGCUGUAUUAGAACUUGGAGUCAGCAGUGAAGAUUCAAAGAAUGUGGAGAAAAUAUUUGUGGAAUUCAAUCAUAAAGAACUGUUUGAGUUCUAUAACAAGUUGGAAACAAUACAAAUGCAACUGGAUUCACUGACGUGAUACUAUGUGAAGACUAAUCUCUCCAUCAGAUUCCAAUUGUUUUAUACUGAAGAUAGAAGGCUAAAUAUAUUUGCUGAAAUAUUCAAUGGAUUGCUGUCAAUAAAUGAUUUAAAUUUCUUUGAUCAUUCACAUUAGGUAAAUGAAAUAAUUGUUAAGAAAGUUUUGGUUAAACUUGACUACAUCGUAUUCAACUUUAAGUGAAGUAAUGUAUGACAUUAUUGUGCAGACAUUUGAAUUAUGAAGUCUGCAGUUUUUGUUUUGUAUUUGCAUUAUGGAUGGCAGUUUAUGUAAUAAUAUAGCAUAAUAAACCGCAUAUAAUCAUUAUCCAAAGUACGCUUAAACAGUAGAAAAAGAUAAUUAAAUUGCUAAAACGUUGGCUCCAAUACUGAUAUCUUGUCCAUAAAAAUAACAGUACAGAUAUUCUCACUUUGGACUAUUUUAGUUUAUUACUUAAUGCUUUUGUAUUUGCUGCCAGAUUUUCCAACUAUGACAAAUAGCAAAGUCUGCUUGUUUUUGAAUGCUUCAGCGAUUGCUAAAACACUUUAAAGGACAAUUGCCCUCUCACACAU